AUGCCAUCCUUGACAACCACACCUCUUGACGGUGCAUACCAUGCCCUUCUCAAGCGCGGUCGUUUGUCUCAGAAUCCAUCACAAGCGGCCCUGAUCAGCCGAUUGUCCACGAUACAGCAUGGUCUUGACGCUGACACCGCUUCCACACCUACCGGCUUAUACAUCCACGGCUCGGUCGGGACAGGAAAAUCAUAUCUGGCAUCACUUUUCACAUCUACUCUGCCAUCACACAUCUCACGUCGCCGAGCCCAUUUCCACGAGUUCAUGCUAGAUGUGCACUCUCGGCUACACGUCGCACGGUCCUCGUCAUCUCGCUAUGGCUCUUCCGACCCAUUACCUCUCAUUGGCCGCCAAAUCCACAGCGAAAGUAGGGUCUUGUGUUUUGACGAAUUUCAAGUCACCGAUAUAGCUGAUGCGAUGAUAUUGCAACGAUUGAUGGGUGCAUUCUGGGCGGCGGGCGGUGUGAUGGUCGCGACCUCGAAUCGAGAGCCGGAGAAAUUAUACGAAGAUGGACUGAACAGAGAACUGUUUCUGCCGUUCAUCGCUAUGUUGAAGUACAGAUGCGAGACCUGGGCUUUGGGAGGAACGCAAGAUUAUCGCCUGUUGGGCAAGGACACAGAGGGAAAUGGGCAAAAGGUCUUCUUUACCAACCUUGAAGAAUUUCAGCAAAGUCUUGAUGCUGCAACGAAUGGUGCAGAACCCAAACCUUACGAGAUUUCGGUGAUGAUGGGGAGGAAACUGGUCGUCAAUGCUACACCAACCGACAAUGAUGAAAGCAAACUCAUCGUUUCUUCGACAUUUGCACAGCUCUGCGAGGCCAAGCUCGGCGCAGCAGACUACCACGCCUUAUGUCGAAAGACCAGAACCAUUUACCUAAGUGGUCUUCGACGCUUUCGACUUUCGGAGCUAGACUUUGUUCGCCGCUUCAUCACCCUCAUUGACUUGGCAUACGAGUCUGGUACUAGAGUCAUCAUUUCAUCCAAUGCAACAAUCGACGAUGCCUUUGCCGAAAUAGUCGAAAACGAGCGGCAACGCUUGAUGCGGAAGUCAGGAGGCCUCNAAACUGAGCGUCAAAAGGGUGGAGGCAGUAGUUCAAGCAUGAUGAGCACUUUCGUCUCUGGCGAUACGGAGUGGUCGGCGACUGGUCUAGCAGAGGCAAGUUUAGCCACUGGAGGUGCCGGAGAGACCGAUGUGGGGUUCGCAAUUGGGCGAGCAGUGUCCAGGUUGCACGAGAUGGGGUCGAGCAUGUAUGGCCAAUUGGACUGA